AUGGGACAAUCGGACGAGGUGCCACGAAGGCUGGAGUCGAUAUCGCAGACGCUCAUACCCAGCACUAGUCUUGUUCAUCCACCCAGGAACCCUCAAGAUGCACAACUCACAGCGGCCAUCGCAGACUUGCGUGUACAUCCUACUAUCGAGGCACUAUUGCAUAUCUUGAAUCACGACUUGCCAUCUGCACACUUUCUAGUACGCCAUAUGCAGGCUCCACCUGCAGUGGAAGGAAUGCUGUUACAUGGUAUCUUGCACCGCGCGGAAGGCGACUUCAACAAUGCAAGGGCCUGGAUAAGCGAUGUGGCAGACGCAUGCGAGGGUUAUCAACCCAAGCACAAAGAAGACGGCCAGAAGUUGGAUCCUGAAGUUGCGAAACAAGUUGGCAGCAAUUGCGACAUCUCUUCUUCGCUCAUCAAAUUCGUCUACGGCGAUGAAGAGCCUCAGAGUUUGAUCGACGCCGUUGAGGAGUUCCGUGGCAAGAAGAAAAGUGAGAGGACGGAUGGAAAGGAGGACGUGGAGAAGAGGAUAAGAGGCGAGGCGGAAAAGAUGCUGGAGUGGUGCAAAAGUAAGUUUGGCGAUGGGGUGUUCGAUGAUGCGACAAAGGCGUGGGUUAAGAAUAGCGAGGAGAUUAGCAAGAUCAGUGGAGAUAUGGUUAGUGGUGGGAAAGGAUAUAGGAAAUUUUGA